ACCUGACGGCAGCCACAAACCCCAGCAGCCUCAGCACCAAGCUGAGUUUCUGGAAGAAGCAUUCGGAUUCUGUGAACUUUCUUCUCAGCAUCCUCCCUCGGAUUCCCUUUUUGGGUAAAAGAAGGGAACCAGCUCGGGGACCACAGGACAGGAAACCACCGAGGAUGCAGCCCCGGCAGCCUGGAGCCAUGGAGGAGAGGCCGGGGGAGGGGACUAGCCGAGGAGGCAAUCUGUUCUCCUGAAGCCGCAAGCAGGGAUUCCAGCUUGCGGGAGGGAGCCCCUGUCUGCCGCAGAUUGAUGGCUGUGUCCUUGGAACAGAAAGGAAUUCUGCCUCCACCCGCUGAACGCAAAGCCGCCUAAGAGAAGCACCAAGUUGGGAAGUUGCCAGAGCUCCUAGCUGCCCCCUCCUGCACCUUCAGGACACAUGACUCUUUCCAGGCUCAGCAGUGCAAACAAUGGGUGGCACUUGGGGUCUUCCCCUCCCCGGGGAUUACCAUAGUCACUGAGGCCGAGGACUCGGGCUUUCGGGAGGCCCAUGGAGAUCCACUUCACUUCGGGCUCCCUGCCCAAAGCACCCACCCAUGGACCCCCUUGGACUCGAGUCCACUGGGCCACCAAUAGAAUCCCGUCUGAGACCUUGAAUGCUGGAGACCCCGACGCAGCUCUGGCAUCCUGAUCAUCAAUCCCAGACUUGGGAAGGGCUGGGGACUUUUAGGCAUUCUGGGACCUUUAAAAGGCCCCUUUCAUGUCCUUUGCUCCCCGCUCCCAUCUCUCAGACACAGCACGAAGAGGAAGCUCCCAGCAGUCAUGGGUGCGAGGGACACAAAAGAUCUGCAGGGACCCUUCCACGGCCUGCUGGCAGCUGGUCCAGCCCCAUCCUCGCCUCCUUCCUUUCUCAAGUUUUGAUCAUCUCUGCAGACCCUGGGGGACCUCAAAUGGGUUGCUUGCUCCCUAGACUCCAGAGGGGACUUCCUGUGGCUCUCACCUAGGGAGCUCUGGCGUUCAGAGGCUCCCAGGAAAGGCUUGAGUCAUGACACCCUUGCUCAGAAGCCCCACCCUCCAGGGCUCUAGGCCCCGAUGUCGCUGCCUUCCUGUGCCACUGACUCUUGACUCUAUGGACACAGCCCCAGCCCCUGUGGGCUCCAUUCAGCACUGCCGCUGCCAGCUGCCUAAGAUGGGUGAUACCUGGUCCCAGCUACCCUGGCCUGGGCCCCCCAACCCAGCCGUGUUCCUGGUCUCCCUCCUCUUGGCAGCUGGGGUGAUGCACUCGGACGCGGGCACCAGCUGCCCCGUCCUUUGCACAUGCCAUAACCAGGUGGUGGAUUGCAGCAGCCAACGGCUAUUCUCCGUGCCCCCAGACCUGCCAAUGGACAUGCGCAACCUCAGCCUGGCCCACAACCGCAUUGCCACUGUGCCGCCGGGCUAUCUCACGUGCUACAUGGAGCUCAGGGUGUUGGAUUUACGCAACAACUCCUUGAUCGAGCUGCCCCCAGGCCUCUUCCUCCAUGCCAAGCGCUUGGCACACCUGGAUCUGAGCUACAACAACCUCAGCCACGUGCCAGCCGACAUGUUCCAGGAAGCCCAUGGCCUGGUGCACAUCGACCUGAGCCACAACCCGUGGUUGCGCAGGGUGCACCCGCAGGCCUUCCAGGGCCUGAUGCAGCUCCGAGACCUGGACCUCAGCUAUGGGGGUCUGGCCUUCCUCAGCCUCGAGGCUCUGGAAGGUUUGCCAGGGCUGGUGACCCUGCAGAUCGGCGGCAACCCCUGGGUGUGCGGCUGCACUAUGGAGCCCCUGCUGAAGUGGCUGCGGAACCGGAUCCAGCGCUGUACCUCAGAUUCUCAGCUGGCUGAGUGCCGGGGCCCCCCUGAGGUUGAGGGUGCCCCACUCUUCUCCCUCACUGAAGAGAGCUUCAAGGCUUGUCACCUGACCUUGACCCUGGAUGAUUACCUCUUCAUCGCAUUUGUGGGCUUCGUAGUAUCCAUCGCAUCUGUGGCCACCAACUUCCUCCUGGGCAUCACAGCCAACUGCUGCCACCGUUGGAGCAAAGCCAGUGAAGAGGAAGAGAUCUGAUGUGGGUGCCUGGCAUCCUCUCCAUGCUGCUGACCACCACUGCCGUUCAUACCAGACACACUCUUCCUGGCUGCCCACUCUAGCCCCAUGGUGCCCUGGCCACCUCUGUCAUAGCUCAAGCAAUGUCAGGAAACUACUUUUGAAUAAGCUUCUACUGUGGGCCAGGCACUGUGCUAGGAACUGGCAGUGUUAGAUGAAGCCACCUAGUUCCUGCC